GCAGGACACACACAGACACACACCCACGGACACACACAGCUCCGGGAACCGGAGAGCAGAGGCCCAUUACAGCCGAGCAGCACCGGGAAGCAGCCGCAGGACGGAAGUUACCGGAACCAGGACUUUCACCGGUUUAUCUGCGGCGCGCGCUUGACCUCAGGUGGAUUAUCGAUCCGUGAUAAUCCUGUCGAUCGGUGUUCUGAGCAUGCGUCCCGCGGGCAGCAGCAGGUAGUUCCGUGCGCCCCCGGUUCGUCUCCGGUUCGUCUCCGGUGUCUUCAGCGGCUCCGUCCGUCUCUGCGCGCCCCGCCGGCCGGUCGGUCCCUCCAGCCCCCCCGGUCAUCCGCCCGCUGCGGCACCAUGAUCAGCUCCGAGGCCCUGCGGCCGGCCAGCAACGGCCGGAAGCCGCUGGGGAAGCUGGCGUCCCGGCUGGAGGAGGUGAAGAACCCGUGGCGGCAGGUGUCCACGCUGGAGCUGAGCCACAACGAGGCGGCGCGGCUCGCCACGGACGCGCUGCUGGAGCUCGGCGAGAAGGAGUACCGGAGGGUUCUGGCCGAGGAGCGGGAGCUCAACUUUCUGUCCCCGCUGGAGAUCCACUACAUCAGCCAGAAUGCGGCCAGCAAGACCAGCCCCGACAGCAACGGCGCCGCGGGGCCCAACGAGCGCGACUUCGGCGACGGAGACGCGGUGUCCGAGCUCACCUCCGGGACCUACUUCCCCAUGAUGUCCGACGAGGAGCCGCCGAUGCUGGAGCUCGGCUGGCCCGAGUCUCCGUCCAGAUACGGACCGUCGGAGACGCAGAUCUACUUCCAGAGAGACAAAUCUCACAAUAUUAAAGAUCUGAUCCGGUCCCUGAUCAACAAGGCCAAGAAGGUCAUCGCCGUGGUGAUGGACGUGUUCACCGACGUCGACCUGCUCUGCGACCUGAUGGAGGCGUCCAACAAGCGGCGGGUUCCCGUCUACAUCCUGCUGGACGAGAAGAACCUCGGCUACUUCACCGACAUGUGCUCGGCGCUGGACAUCCAGAACUCCCACCUCAGCAACAUGCGUAUUCGCAGUGUUUGCGGCGACACCUACUGCACCAAGAGCGGCAAGAAGUUCACCGGCCAGGUCCUGGAGAAGUUCAUGAUCAUCGACUGUGAGGAGGUCAUCGCUGGAUCGUACAGUUUCACCUGGCUGUCAGCUCAAGUGCACAGCAACAUGGUGAUGCAUUUCUCCGGUCGCAUCGCCGACAGCUUCGACCGGGAGUUUCGCUGCCUGUACGCCGACUCGCAGAUCAUCGACUGCUUCUUCAACCCGGACGAGGACGGGAUGCCGUAUUACCCAUCGUACCCAGCCAUGAUGGGCCCCGCCAUGGGCAUGGGGCUCAGCCCGGGUCUGACCAUGGAUCUGCUGUCUGACAGGCAGCGGGACAGAGUUUGCUCUGAAAACUCCAGCAGCCAAUCGAGCAACAGCGUCUCCAGCGUGAAGGCGGCGCCCGGAAUGACCGCCAACAACGUCUACAAGGUCACUCAGGGUCACGACAAGAAGGAUCUCGGCGGUGGGCACCUGAGUCCCGAGAGGAGAGGCAGCGGAGGACAAACCCCGACGUCCGGACUCCGAGGCUCAGCUAAUGGAUCCAGUCACAGCCCGAUUCCUGACCGCCCGUCGCCGAAUUACAGUCAGGCGAUGGGCAUCGAGUGGAACAAGCCGAACCCGGCGGACGUCAUGAGGCCAAACAUCGGCGGAACCUCGGCCAAGUUCCAGGCUUUGGGUUUGUACGACCACAAACCGAGCAUGUACCACAACGCCGGUCACAUCCCCGGAGCCCCCAACUCCAACCUCAACUCCAAGAACCCGACGCCGACGCCGGACAGCAAACUCAACUCCAAGCAGCGGACUCCCCCGAACCUCUUCAACAAACUGUCAGACAUGUUCCUGCCGCCCGCCAAAGAAAAAGACGCCUUCAACUUCCGCAGGUCUCCGUCCCCUCACGGCCCGUCGCCGUGGGGAGGACCGGACCUCUCCCAGCCCGAACCGGAGAGCCAGCAGAGCCCGCCGCCGCCGUCACCGUUGUCUCCGAUCGCCUUCAUGAACCGGCAGGACCAGAAGCGAAUGACGCUGGGCCACAGCAAGCUGGACCUGGUAAACCAGUACAACAAGAUGAAGUCCAAGCAGAUUUACAGCCGCUUCGAGCUGAAGAGCAGCAACUAGACCGAAGAACUCGGAACAUCUGACUUUGGCACUUAUUACAACUCGUGGAGAAAAGACUCCAGCAGCUCAGAGGAUGUGUUUCUGAACUUAAACCUUCUUUACAUCUCAAACUCUUCGUCUUCUUCCACAGCUCUGAUGAUGCCUCCAGGAAAUCGAGCUCAGACGGUUUUCCUUUGAGAUUUUUAAAACCAUUCUGCCUCUUUUGUCACACGAGGACCAAUUACAGGUGCAGGAGGGUUUUUUUGGCUUCUUGUUGGUUCGUAGUUUACAAAAGACAUGAAAAGAAAUCAUGUUGUAAAAAUGCAAAAUUCAUCUGUUUCCAACAAUCGCUGUCUGAGUUUUCAAAUUCAGCUAAAAGCUAACACUGUGCGCUGAAGAAUGAAAACAGUGGACAGUGUGAAUGUUGGGCUUUAACACUCCAUGAGGGUUUUUCUUCACCGUUUUAUACGUACCCACGAUCUUGAACUAAAUUUUGAAUUCUCAUUUUUGUGUAAGACUUAAUCUGCGGUAGUUAUUGUGCAGGAUUUUUGUAUUUCCAGUUCGCUCCUCUUAUAAUACAUUCCUGAUCCAGAUGUGGUGACGCCAGAUGUUAGUUGUAGGUACCAGUGAGGCUGAAAAUUCGAGAAACGACAUGAAUGAAUUUAUUUUUACAUAAAUUCUCAUUUAGAAGGAGAACUGCUGCCCACCAUGCGUGCUAACACGGACAUACAAUGUUUUAUUUUGCGAGGCUGAUAGUGCCGGUAGCUGCUAGCGCUAUGAGCUAUCGCUACGUGCUAACACUAGCCUUUGUGAACACUGUGUUUCUAGCACUGCAGAUAGAUGGAGUUAAUAUAAGGGCUGCACUGAACCAAAGAACAUCGUGGACUGAUAUCGACUCUUCUAUUGGUCACAGCGGGAGAAAACUUCUCUCUACCUGCAGCCUUAUUAGCCGAAAUAAAAUAACAAAAAUCUAGCGUUUGCGGCAUAUUAAACCGUUGUAACCUGGUUGUUCCCUACUGAGUUUAUACUCCGCUUGUCGUCCGUUAGUUUGGACAAAAUGCAGAAACACUGAAGACUUCUUUGACGUCGGCUGGUUUGGAGUCGACCUCCAGCAAACGUUUCUUAAAUAUGUCGAAGUCUCCACGAGGUCUUGGGGUGUUCACAGGUAAUCUGGAUUAAUCCCGGAAGGUUGUUGAUGAACUUUUGUCUUCAUAAAAACAACACCAAAGAUUGACGAGCAUCGACGAACCAACCGACCCGGAAGCUACAACGCUUAUAUUACGAUAUAAACACGGAAACGCAGAGUUGAUCAGUCGACUACUUUUUGUCGGAGUUAGACCGUAAAAUGUAAAAACCAUAGCUUUUAGGCCCUUUGCAAAGCCUAAACCUAAAAAUGUUCCGUUUACGUUGUUGUGUGAUGAAGAAAAGCAGCAAAUCCUCUGACUGGAGACGCUGAAAUCUGAGAAUGUUUGUGUUGCUUCGCUGCUUUUCCAUCGAAAAAGCGAAUAAAAGGAGCAAAACAGUCGCUGACAAUCAACUGGUGACGAGAUAAUUCAGCUUUACGUGUGCACAGCUUAGAAGAACAACCAAGGAUGCAUAAAAUACAGACUGCUCGGCGUAAAGGAAAUGUUCUUAACAAUGAAACACAAACAGUAAAUCGGGAGCGUGCAAAUCAAUGAACCUUCUUCAUCCUUCACGUAGAACAACAGGUGCCUUAAACAUCCUGCCUUAAGGUUUACACUCGCAUCUUACACAACGUUUAAACAUGUAAAUUACUGUUUAUUGAGGUACAAACGUGCAGAUUUUGCUUUGUUUGCAGCAGGGAGGAGAAGAAAAGGUGUUGUAAAUAGUUGGUCUCCUGCUGCUGUUCUGGGACGUUAGACUAGAAAGCGAAGGGACUCGGGGCGUUUCCAGGUGAUGACGACAUAAAGAUGCUGUUUAAAGAAUGUUCUGUUAAACUCGUUUCGUCGCAGGAUCGUGUCUUCGGACUGUGCAGACGGCUAGACUCGUGUUUCCGCGCUGUUUUCGUGGCGAAUGCGCUACAGGGCUCCUCCGUCGUUCCUCCUCAGCGUGGAGCAGCUCCAGCAGGAAACAGACACAUCUUUAAGCAAUAACGAUUGACGACGAUCAAUUACUUCGAUAUGUGCAUUUGGUUUGUUUUUUUUCUUUACUGUCAAAUCAGCAGGACAGUUUUCAGAUUUAUCUCUGUCCUGUGUUUGUGCAUUUUGCUGUACAUAGAAGACAAACUGUAAGGAAUUUGGGUUUAUUGUUAAAAAAAAAAAAAGAAAAGAAAAGAAAAAGACUCUUGAACUGAUUUAUUUUAUUUUUACAGUUUGUUAUUUUACUGGAGAAUGUGAAAUUUUCUGUGUUUAAGUCGGACCUGAUUUGUAAGAUGAACAAGAUUUAAUAAAAACUCAGAGUUGAA